AAUCAGCAAAAUAGCUGGAACAACAACCAGAAUACAGGCUCUCAAAAUACCUGGACCAACCCCCAAAGUACAGGCUCUCAAAAUACAUGGACUGACCCCCAAAAUUCAGGGUCUCAAAACAAUUGGAACAACAAUCAAAACAACUGGAACAACUGGAAUCAGAAUACAAGCCCCGCACCCGCCACGACUACUCAAGUAGAAGUUAUCAAGAACGAACAAACAAUUGGUGAAAAUGGCAGUUACAAAUACGAAUACGAGAUCGGAGACGGCACUCACGUCUCCGAAGAGGGAUACAUCAAGAACCCAAAUACAGACAACGAAAUUGUAGUUAAGAAAGGAUUCUACUCCUACAAGGCAGCGGACAACAAGAUAUACACCGUCACAUACUGGGCUGACGAAACAGGUUACCACGCUUCUGGUGACCACCUCCCCAAGCCCCCUCCAAUUCCACCAGCGAUCCAAGCAUCGAUCGAACAAAACGCAAAGGAGGAGGCAGCGAAGGCUGAAGCAGCAAAGGAAAUCCCAAAACCAAUCGUACCCUCGCAGCCAGCUACCCAAGCACCAGUUCAAAACUACCCCCAACAAAACUAUCCCCAGCAAAACUAUCCUCAGCAAACUUAUUACCCUCAACAAACUUAUUACCCGCAGCAGACAUACUACCCCCAACAACAGCAGCAGCAAGUCUAUAACCCACCACAACAAACUUAUUACCCUUCCCAGUCUGGUUACGGAAAAAAAUGAAUAAAUCACGACAAUAUCUAACAAUAUAAGGGACGUCAAAUGAGUUACAAAUUAUCCAAUAUGAACAACUGUAAUAAGAUUUGAUUUUAUAAAUGUGAUACGUACUAAUAUUCGACAAGUUACCUCAACUAAGGACAGUUAUCACGGUCACGAUUUACAUUGUGAACUUGAUAACUGUGAGUGUUUCAAGCAGUUUGUGAUGAACUUCUCUCGAAACCAGUGUGAUAUGAUGUACUCAUAAUUAUUUUUAAAUAAAAUUUAAAUGAUA